AUGGAGAACAAAAGUGAAUUAUUGAUAAAGAGAGGUAAAGGAGGGUGCCCUACAAGGCUCCAAAAACAUGCACCAGCCUCUCUAGACAUUCAUAUGGUUCUUAAUGAACGUCCCUCUAACCCUUUUGGUGAUCCUUCAAGGGCUAUUCCAUUAUUAUCACCACUUAUUUUAUCUCCAAAGCCAUUAAUCUAUGCAGACAUUGCCCUUCAAGCUCUUAAAUCAGAGGAUAGCAUAGAUGAGGGUAGUAGUAGUUCAUCAUCUUCGACGCCGGGAUCAAAAGGGUGGGAACAUCCAGCAAUUGCUUCAUAUCCAAGUCCAUCUUCUUUGUGUAGUUUCUUCCAAAACCAAUGUGUUUUCGUCAACAAUGCCCAAUGA